AUGAGAGCUCUUAUUGCCUGUGUCCUUUUUGUUGCCGUUGCUGGUCAGUUCAGAUUCCCAUGGUGGAAUGGAGUCAAGAGUGACAGACAUAAUGGUUAUACCUUUGAAUAUCAUGCACGACACAACUUGGUUGUUGUUCGAGAUUCCAGAGCUUGCUAUCUGAUUAAGGCACACAAGAAUUUACACUACGAUGCUACCCAAAGAAAUACUGUUGAAGAUGAUAUCAUCAAGCACAUCAAAGAAAAAGAUGGUCUUCACCGAGAAACCCAUCUCCAUGCCUUGUCUCAAUUCCACGAUAUCUUGGAAGCUGGCGAAUGCGCUCGAAAAUUCUUGUAUGAAUUGGACCUUGUUUUACCAACAGCCAUGCACGCUGCCACUACCACUGCUGGUACCACCAUGGGUAACUAA